GCUUCCAUAUUAGUCAUUUAUUCGCUGUCAUGAUCCCACCGUACCACUUCUGUGAGGGGUUUGAGCUAAAUAAACAAGUUUUGAACCCUGCCCUGCUGACCGUUCACCUUAUAUCAAUAUUUACAUACAGUCCACUUGUGACGUCGACAAAGUACAACACCUACGACUACAGAGGCAGCGGAGUUAGAAUUUGUGUGUAGAAUUCUUUAUUGUGUGCAGAAUUAUUUAUUGUGUACAUCUACUGUAGAGGCAUCAUCAAGGACGAUGGCGGAGGCAACUGCAAGUUUCAUGGACGACGAUGACUUCAGUCAUGUCGUCAAGGGCAUCAUAUACCCACGGUUUGUUUCCGAGGCCAAUUUGAAAGCCAUGGCGACCUUUGACAUCCGGGAUGACGACAUCGUCAUUGUGAGUUACCCAAAAACAGGAACCAACUGGACACUAGAGAUCGUCAACAAGAUCCUGUCAGCCGGCGGCCGGACCGACGCCUCUUCUGACGACAUGGUGGGGAAGCUGGAGUUCCAGUAUGAUGACGAGUCACGCCCUCAACACGUGAUGCUGCAGGAAUGUGCCUCUCCCCGCGUCAUCCUCACCCACCUCACCCCGGACACCGCCCCGCCUGGGAUCGCUCAUCCUCAGAACAACGUUAAAGUGAUCGUCGUCAUGAGGAACCCUAAGGACACGGCGGUGUCUUUCUUCCACUUCGGAGAGAAGAUGAGGUCUCGUUUUGCAAUGAAGCAGUCUCCUUCGUGGGACGAGUAUUUUAUGCAGAACUUCCUGUCCGGCAAUCAUCCCUUCGGCUGCUACUUCGACCAUGUCCUUAGUUGGUGGCAGAAACGUGACGACCCCCACUUCUUGUUCUUAAAGUACGAAGACAUGAAGCAGGACCUCCCUAAAGCCGUGAAGACAGUGGCGGCGUUCCUUCAGGUCAAACUGGAUGACGCUUCCAUCGACACUAUCGCGCAUGCGUGCACCUUCUCCAAUAUGAAGACCACCCUGGAUAACUCACGGUACGAAGACAGGACUCUUAUGGCCCGCAAAGGUAUUGUUGGUGACUGGAAGACGAUGUUUACCGACGAGCAAAGCAGGCUGCUCGACUUUAAAUGCAAGGCAAAGCUGGAAGGAACAGGACUUCACUUUAACUUUGAAUAGCUCAAGUCUCAGUAAAGAUUACAUUCCCUGAUAGUUGUCUGUGUGUGACAAAUGUAAUUAUGUGACUACACCUCAAAGGCACGUGUACACUCUGUGUACUUAAGGUCCAUCUUAUUGAUGUAUCUUCUUUCAAGUCAGUCUGUUUAUGAUUUAAUGUGAUCGAUACUAAUCCAACAAGCCAGUCGCAUUACCUUGUGUCAUACAGGUCAUAAAGGACUCGGAUAUGACAUCUUUGCUUCGGCAUAGAUUGAGAUUACUGAUUUUGCACUAACGACUGUUCAAGAAUCAUUUUCCAUACACUGUUGUGUCAUGUGUUCCAGCUCCUGCGGUCGGUUAAUGGGUCAAUGUAUAUUAAAUUCACUCCAGGCCAAACUAACCUCACCGUGAUGACAAUACGAGCGUUGGUUGGUGAUAUGAUGACACGUAGCAGCAUGAUAAAAGAGAAGCAUGAAUUGACAAUUCUUCUAGAAUUGGUACUAAUAAAGCGCAGUUACCACAAAUUGCAUCUCUUUCAAUUGUUCCAUUCCUCCAUUAAAAGAUAUAUUCAAUACAGAGAGACUA